CAGAUUUUUGCUUGUUGCACCCGGCUUCACCGUGAAAGGAGGGGGGAAGUAGUGCAGCCUUCUAUCUGAAGAGCGGGCGACGCCAAGGUUUCAUCUCUCGCGAGGAACGACGCCGUUAUCGGAAUCCCUACAAACAACACGAGAAUUCAUCAUUCACACGUUGUGAACGAUGUCCGAACAAGACUUGGAUGAAAUUGUGCAAAUAACAGUGGAGGACUUUAACGAGGACGACCAUACAACAAACAUGCUGGACAAUCACGAAGACGAUGAGGAAAGACCACAGAAGAAAAGGAGAAAAUUAAGCAACAGUCAGGAGAACAACACCAACAGUGACUUAACUUUUAUUAAGAACCUUUUGGUCUCAUUUACCACAACAAUCACUCAACGACUGGAAGGAAUAGAGUCAAAAGUUCAGGCUCUGGAUGCCACGUGCAGAGCCCUUGGGCGCAAACUGGACAACAUGAUGCCCUGCAGCAAAAGCCCUAUCCAGGUUCCUAUGGUCGCAGGAUCCCCUCAAGGGGCCACUCAAACUUGGAACAAAGUGCGAUGUGUUGUUCCACAAACCAAUGUCAUAGUCAGCAGUGAAAACCCAAAGACCUCAAUCCACACAGAUAACCCUCUGGAGAAUUUGCUCAGCAACACGGUGGCCAAGAGGCGACAGAACACAAUACUGGUAAAGGUGCCAGGCCCUGAGGAGAGUCAGGAGGCACAGGACAGUGGCUCAGAAGCCAGUGACUCUGUCUCCAACGGUGACCAGUCCAGUAAUGCACAAAAUGGCCAGAAUGUCACACUUAUCACACUCAAUUCCGAAGAUGACUACCCAGAUGGCACCUGGCUGGGUGACGAGAACAACCCAGAGAUACGGGUUCGCUGCCCAGUGUCUUCAGCUGACAUGCUACACAUCAGCACAAACUGCCGCACACCUGAGAAAAUGGCACUGACGCUAUUGGACUACUUGUUCCAUCGGGAGAUCCAGGCUAUGUCAAACCUCUCUGGGCAGGGCAAACACGGCAAGAAGCAGCUGGACCCGCUCAUGAUCUAUGGCAUCCGCUGUCACUUGUUUCACAAAUUUGGCAUCACUGAGUCAGACUGGUACCGCAUCAAGCAAAGCAUCGACUCCAAGUGUCGUACGGCCUGGAGACGCAAGCAACGUGGCCAGAGUCUGGCCGUCAAGAGUUUCUCCAAACGCACACCUCGCAGUUCAACCUCAGAGGGAGGCAUCAUGGAAGAAGGAGGCCACAUUGAAACUGCCACCCAGCAGACUUUGCACUACACUCUGGCCAAUCAGCAAGUUCAGUUUCACCGUAUUGGUGAGGAUGGACAAGUUCAGGUGAUUCCCCAGGGUCAGCUGCACAUUGCCCAGGUGCCGCAAGGAGAGGAGGUGCAAAUCACACAGGACAGUGAGGGAAACCUCCAGAUCCACCAGGUGCAUGUUGGUCAGGAUGGACAGGUGUUGCGUGGAGCACAGCUGAUAGCCGUGGCAUCAACUGACGGAGGGGCCACAGCCGUUGAGGGCACCUCUCUGGCCCCCGACAUCCAAGUGCAGUACGUGCAGCUGGCCCCCGUUACAGAUCACACAGCUGCAGUACAGGCUGGCGAGCUGGCCCCAACCCUGCAGGCAGACUUGGAUGUGAAGGAGGCCAUCCAGGGUGCCAUUCAGGGAGAAAACGGCGAGGUGGUCCAGAUUGUCACGUCCGUGGCCACCUGAAAGCCCAGUUCUGGUUGACACAAGCCAGGAUUGUGCCGCGGACCCAAGGCCUGAUGAGUCUCUGUGAAACGUGGGAGGUUAAUAAAUGCGAACAGUGGAGUCUGACAAGCGGACACACUGAAGGUCACUGAUGUUAUGGAGGAAAGGGGCAUUUUAAUUUGUAGUAUUUGUUUUCCCUGCGCAUUGCUCCGACCAGAUGUCACAAUGUGGAAACUUACACGGAGAACCCGAAACGACCGUGACACUCCACAAUCAACUGCGGUCUGGCUGGUGUUUUCAUCAGCAGACAGGGCCUGACCUCCCACAGACUGCGCUCUGGGAUUGUUGUCGGUCCAGGGAGGAUGCUGCGUAUGCAGACCAUCACCCUGCCACUUCAUCAGCACACAACUGUUUACAUCAGCUUGGGAAAAUGGCGGAGUUAUUUAGACUUGAGAUGCUUGGCUUACCCCAAACCCAUGAAUGUGAUGUCAGACAACCGGUCAUGUGCUUCUUCUCUCAUCAGCUGUCGCCAUGGAGGACUUUGAGAGUAGGCUGACUUUGCUGAGGACCGCUCCACUCGGUUGUGAUUAAUUUGGUUUCCAGACUCAGUCCAUACUGUCCCUCCAGGGCCCUGACCCUACUUCACUCAGUUCAGCUUGUGUUCACAUUGUUCAGCCCCACACUUUUGUUUGUGUUUUUGAUUUAUCUAAUUGUUACAUGCCAACAUUUUCAAGGGGAGCUUCAACUUCAGAGGUGAAACACCAUCAAAUAAAAAACUAGAAGAAAUGGGGGCAGUGGUAGAACAGGAUGCUUGUAGAAUACCAAGGAGAUCUUGAAGUUGUUUAUUUACCCCAAAUAUGUCUCUGUGAAAGACAAAUACAUGUCAAUAAAACAUGUUUGUGGUUGCCAUAAAAGUAUGUUUUUAUUUUCUCUGUGUAUUUUGACUUUUUUCCAUCAAAGUGGUUUCAAAGUUUUCCAAGACAUGAUUUUACUUUCAUGUGCUACAAAUAGACAGUUGAGGAAGCAUGAAAUAAUAGUUCGGUUUUGAGGUUGUGUUUCAUGUCGAGCUAUUUUAUUUAGUAUUUUAACAGUAAAUAUGUAUCAUGUCAGCUCCAGCAAUAGGACAAGGCUACUGUAUUGUCAGUAAUCGUGACAAAAUAACAGAAAUAAAAAGCUUUGGCUUCACAAA